UCCACUCCGAGGGCUAUAGGGUCGACCUAGAGCGCUGCAUCCUUUUGGAUUACUAACAUAUCUAGAGCGCAAACAUGGCGAGCGCCGGCGCGUCGUCCAUCUCGGUCACUGUGCGCGUCCGCCCGUUUACCAUCCGCGAAGCUGCACAGCUCACCAAGACGGACGAAUCGACGCUCUUCCUCGGAGAUGGCUCGCUCGCCGCCGCACCCACGCCGCGGAUAAGCUCCAAGGGCGGUAUUCGGCCGGUCAUCAAGGUCCUUGACGAGCGAUGCCUCAUCUUUGACCCUCCAGAGGACAACCCUGUGCACAAGGCCGGCCGCUCGUAUGCACCUCAAGGUAAACGAGUAAAGGACCAGACAUUCGCUUUCGACCGAGUGUUCGACGACACCACCUCACAGGCCGACAUCUACGAGUCAACCGCAAAGCCCUUGCUGGACAAUGUCCUCGACGGAUACAAUGCGACGGUCUUUGCAUACGGCGCUACAGGAUGCGGAAAGACACACACGAUUACAGGUACAUCGAGCGAUCCUGGUAUUAUCUUCUUGACAAUGCAGGAGUUGUUCGAGAAGAUUAGUGAGCGAUCGGAGGAGAAGGUCACCGAGGUCACGCUGUCCUAUCUGGAGAUUUACAACGAGACCAUCCGCGAUCUUCUCGUCGAGGGCGGCAGCAAGGCUCCUCUGAUGCUGCGAGAAGACUCCAACCAAGCCGUCUCUGUGGCAGGUCUCACGAGCCAUCGACCGACAGAUGUCAACGAAGUCAUGGAGAUGAUCGUCCGCGGCAACGACCUGCGGACCAUGUCCCCAACCGAAGCCAACGCAACCUCGUCUAGAUCGCAUGCCGUCUUGCAGAUCAACGUGUCGUCGAAAGAUCGCAACGCUUCCGUAAACGAACCCCACACAAUGGCGACUCUCAGCAUCAUCGACUUGGCAGGAAGCGAGCGUGCGAGUGCAACCAAGAACAGAGGCGCGCGUCUGACUGAAGGUGCAAACAUCAACAAGUCCCUGUUGGCACUUGGAAGCUGCAUCAACGCUCUGUGCGACGUCCGGAAGCACAACCACAUUCCCUACCGGAACUCGAAGCUGACGCGACUGCUGAAGUUCUCCCUCGGUGGAAACUGUAAAACCGUCAUGAUCGUCUGCGUCAGCCCAUCCAGCGUCCACUUCGACGAAACGCAGAACACUCUACGAUACGCCAACCGCGCAAAGAACAUCCAGACCAAAGUCACCAAGAACGUUUUUAAUGUGAACCGCCAUGUGAAGGACUACCUGAAGAAGAUCGACGAGCAGAGGGCGCUGAUUGACGAGUUGAUGAAGAAGCAGAAGGACUCGGACGGCGCUUCUUUGGCCAAGUUCCAGAAACAGAACGAGAAAAAGGAGAGCUUGAUGAGGGACGCUUUCAUACGACUGAGGCAAGCCUACGCCGAUUCGGAGACCGAUCGUAGGGACAGACUGAACACUAUGAGGACAUUGAAGCAUACGGAAAAGCGGAUCUCACUCGUCUCUGCGUGGGUCGCAGCUUUUGAUACGGUCAACGAGACGCGCGAGAACGAGGAGAUGCCCUCACAAAUCGCAGCGAUGAGAGAUACCGCAAUCGGCAUUUCUGCAGAACUCGAACAGUCGCGGCAACACCAUCACAGGCGGCUCGAACGCUCAACGUGGGCUUCGAAGCUCGACACUGCCCUUAGCUUUGGCUUGAGGCAGCUAACAGAGCUUGAUGGAACCGCUGGUGGACCUGACGCUGCGAACCUGACCAGAGAAUACCAGAUUUUGAAGUCGAACGCAGAACGGGAAGUACUGAGUGUUUUGCUGGAACAAGAAAGAGGAGGUGAUGCAGCAACUGUGCAAGUCCUCGUUCAAGCUCAUAUCGAGACCGUGGCUAUCUUGAGCCAGAUCACACAGAUGGACGAAGCACAAGCAGUCGAAACUGCCAGGAAGCUGCUCACCAAGAUUAUGAACGCAUGCACCAGCGCGACUGCCCAGGUCAUUCGGCCAGACGGCGGUCUCCCUGUUACAGAGUUCUUUGCACCGAGCCACAAAGGGACACCAAAGAGAAGAAAACCGGCGAAUGUCAUGGGUCCGUCGCCUGUGAAAUCCAUCCCCAUGCCAUCGUUUGCAGAUGCACCACAUCUAACUUCAUCACCUAUGAAAGCGUCACCGCGGCGCAAGAAGAUGGUCGCAGUCAAAAAGGGCGUUCAAUUCUCGCCCGCAAAGAAGAGGCCGACGUCACCCUCAAAGGCCAAGCGCGGCGUUCGCUGGCGCGAUGACAAUGAGAACGGCACUCUGGCAGACUUCAAGACUCCGGAGCACAUUGAAUCAACCCCGACAAGCUCUUCGAUCAACAUGCCUCCUCCUCCGUUCUCAGCGCACGUGCCCGAGCCAGUAGUCAAUGACGCCGGUUCUUCGCCCAUCCCUGCGCCGUCAACAACAUUUAUGGACAUCAAGCCUCGGUCCGCAUCCAGCCGAUUUGCAGCAGGCUUCCUUACAAAGAAGUCUGAUGGGUCACCGAUGCCCAUCAGGAACGCCGAUGGCUCAGAUUCAGAUACCUCUCCUCUCCGCGAGAUUGGCACGAACACCGUCCGCCCUUCGGCUCUGAGCAACGUGGAGCUUGCGUCCGAAGUGUCGAAGUCUGCAAACGACAGCGGCAACAACUCUGCCGCUGAAGAGGAUGGCUGGUCCGUCGACCCCUCUGAGGCAAACCAGAUCCGCACGGCCAUCAAGCGCCGUUCGUCCACCACGAAAGCUGUGCCCAUAGCUAGGACACAGCGACAUCGCAGCCCCAGCACUACUUCUUCCAGCCCACCAAACGAGAACAGCAUCUCGGCCAGCGCAGCACGCCGUAUGGUCAAGAACAAUCAUGAGGGCGAAUGGAAACCCAGUGUCCUGAGUCCACGCUCUGCGCCCAUCGUUAAGGGCGCUGCACGUCGCACGACGGUGGCAGUAUCUGGCGAGGAUCGACCUGCAGCUGGCACAUUGAACCGUGCACCCAUACGAGUUGUUAGCAACUCUUCGGUUAGAGGUAGUCUUGCACCAGGGGCUAAGGGUGUCUGGCGCUGAUCAUCUUUUCCGUCUUCUGUUUGCUAAUGUUUGUCCAGAGAAGUGGACUUUCUGAUAUCUAGUCGCUUUCGUUUUGCAUACGGUCAGUCAUCUACUUCCUGUGGCAUCUCAGUUUUCUGUCUUGGGCAUCGCGGCGUUGUUGCUCACUGAAAACGCAAACACAUCAUCUCGAAGCAUCGUUGGAUACACCGCCGGUUUACCUGGGUCUGGAGUGGGACGGCUUGCCUAUGGCAGCUUUCCACUGGCGUUCGGGUUGCUUGCUUGUUAUGCUUGUCUUGCAUUCUUUCUCGACUGGGAUUGUAGAGACUGCUGCGCUUGUAUCGCGCGUCCCUUGUAACAUAAUUAUACUCACGACAUCAAUGAC